AUGGAGAGUUCAAUCCCACUUCACUCCUUCGACAACACUCACUUCCUGCGAAGCUUGAUAAUAUGUAUGACUUUCCAUUUUGAUGAUACCUUCAACGUGGACGAGCUCCAUGAGUCCUUGAAAGCGCUAUUGCAAAAGGAGGAUUGGAAGAAACUCGGAGGUCGAAUCUUGCAGCGCGGAUACAAUCGCUAUGGCGUCCGCCUUGUACGGCCAUAUGAGUAUGGUCGCGUUUCAGUCCGCUUUAGCGAGGCUUGUUUCAACAUGUCGAUCAAAGAUCAUGCACUGGCCUCGAAAAUGUUCCAUCAGACAGAUGGGCCAUCUGUCCACCCUGGCGUUGAACAAAUUCGUCCGCUCUGCACAGAUGGCAAUGGCGCUACAUCUUUCAAAGAAUACAUAGGAAAGAGUAUCCCCCAGAUCUCUCUACGUGUCGUCACCUUCACAGACGGAACUCUCAUUUCUGUCACCUGGCCACACACCAUGACUGAUGGAAGAGGCUGGGCCGACGUUUUCCGGGCUUGGUGCGCAAUGCUGGCUAAAAAGCCGGCGUCCAUCCCACGGUUCAUGGGAUACGACUUGGACAAUCUGGAGGAGUUUGGCUUUGAUCAGGAUAUUGAACGAUCAGUCUUAGAACCAGAGAAACGCCCCCUAUCUGCUCUGCCUGCAAGACUUGUACGGCAAACUGCGAAUAUUUUCCUUGAUCACAAGAUGGAAUCUCGCGUCUUCUGCCUUCCUGCCGACACAAUCGAGGAGCUCGACAGCAAAACGACCGAUAACAUGACCAGCUUUUACUGGGUGACCGAGGCCGAUGUUGUCAAGGGGUGGGCCACCAAUGUGAUUUGCUCACAUAUGGGGUCGUCGAAUCGUCGUGUCUGCAUUCACAGUUUCUUCGAUCUGCGCGACAAACUAACCGACAGGUUCCCUGCCGUCGGCGCGUUCAUCCAGAACGCUACAUUCCCUUACCUCACCCAGCUCCGCGCCAUAGACCUCGUCCACGGCCCAUUCGGAGACACGGCAGUUGCCGUGCGCAAGUCGUGCCUCCAGCAGGGAACCCCUGAACAGCUCGCUGCAACCGCCAAGCUGCUUCGAACCUCAGGCAUGCGGGACCGAUAUCCAGUCCUGGGGGACCCCGACGGCUAUCAUGUUUACUUCCUGGAUUGGUCGAACAGCGGACUGCUGAACGCGAUUGACUUCAGUUCAGCUGUAGAGGAGUCCUCCGAUGCCGAUUCCGAUGACACGUCUAUUCGCCCGGCUGGGGACGACAAAGACAAGGCAGACAAAGGAAAACCCAGUCACUUCCAGGUCGACAUCGUCAGUAAGAGUGAUCUUUAUAGGCAGGACGUCUUUAACCUCUACGGGCGGGAUCGCGGUGGCAACUACUGGUUCGGCGCGGUCUUGCAUCGCAAGGCCAUGGGCCGUCUGGAAGCGGAGAUGGCGCGGUUACAGCAUGCGCGAGCUUGA